AUGACAGUUAUCAAAUCCCAUCCUUUACCUCAGCAUCCAGAACAAUCACCAUUUCUCACGCAAGAAUAUCAAGAUGUGAUGGAAAAGCUGAAAGAAAAAGCUGAAGGAGAUCAACCUGUGAAGUGGCAAGAACAAUGGCAGUGGGAAAUGUCAAAUGUCCAUCUUUUCUUAAUCCAGAUGAUCGAGCGGGCUUACCUUUACGCUCCGUAUGCCAUUGAAACCAACGAUCUAUCGAAUUUCUUAGGCUACGCCGAAAUCAGUUUCUUUCAAGUUUAUAGCCAUCAUUCUGGAGAAGAGGAAUACAUCUUUCCGACAUUCGCGAAAUAUUCUAAGAACGAUAUAUGGAGUAGGAACGUCUCGGAGCAUCAUACUUUCGAUCAAGCAUUGGAUGCAACUUGGUUAUACAUUCGAUCAUGUCAAGAGAAAUUACCUGUGGCCAAUGGUAACUCUACAAGAGUAAAAUCACCUGUACCUUCCCCUCCGACCGACCUGAUCAAAUCGAUUGAUCUCAAGUCUUUUCCGAACUUGGACUUCAAUGAACCAUUUGAUGUAGCGGGAUUUAGGAAACACAUUGAAUCGUUCAUUGUACCCUUGGUGGAACAUCUAGGAAGUGAAAUUGAUACGCUCACACCGGAAUUGAUGGAUAAUGUUGGACCUGAAGGUGAUAAGGACGUAAGAAAAUGGUUGGAUAGUCACUUGAAAGCGUAUGAUCCAGCUUGGUUCCUCUGUUCGGCUUUUGCCUCAGUACCGAUUAGUCUCUGUAAACAGAUGAUUCAAUUGCCUUUCUUGGUCAGAAGGAUACUCGUACCUUUCCUCCUUGCACCGAAGUAUAGAGGAUACUGGCUUUACGCACCUUACCCUGAGAACCUUACCUUCAAGGGAACAGCUUGA